AUGAUCGCAGAUCCAAGCUCGUCUUCAAAAGACAAGGCAGAACAUGUCUCCAUCUUCUCAUCCCACCCACCCAUUUUCAUUCUACCAACGCAUCUCUCCCUGGAGGAGCUGGACGAGGUUGAAGGCCGCUUGAUAGAUCACGGUGGGAAACUAACCUACGAUAUUGCCGAAGCCGGCCUCAUUCUGGGCAAAGUCGGGCGUGCAAAGCGUGCAGCGCUGGAACUGCGCACCCGCGGUACAUGGACAGAGGAGCUUAUACCCAGCUCAGCUUCGAAAUCAAUUGGUCGUGGCGUGGAGCCUCCUUCCAAGCGCAGGCGCACAAAUCAGUAUGACGGGACCAAGGAUGUCCCAGUUGAGAUUAUCGAUCUCAGUACCGAAUCUGAGAGCGAGGAUGGAGCUAUGAAUCGACAUGACUCCCGUUCAAAACACCUUUCAGAGCAAAAGGUAGAGACAAUUCAAAAUUCAGUCACGGUCCUGAAGCUAGACUGGCUAGAUACCUCUAUCACAUCAGGCAAAUGUGUGUCCCAAGACCCAUUCGUUGUCUACCGCGGGCGAAAAGUCCCUCCUCCUCCCCCUAAAACAGGAGCAGAAAACAAGCAAAGCCUACUCGAACAAACAUCAAGUCAAAUCAUCGAGCGUGCAAAGCAAGAUGCCGGUUUACCAACACCCCGAACUCCUCCAGACCAUAUCCACGCACGCCGCUCAAAAGAACCACCCGACAGAUCCUCUCAACGCCCCCGACCAACCCUCUAUCGACAAACGACCUCUGAACAUGAAAAAGAAGAAACCGACACACCCCCACAACCAGACUGGGUCCGCGACCAGGUCAUAUUCGCGUGUCUACGCUCCGCACCGCUCCACCCUCCAAACGAAGACUUCAUCGCCCAACUCGUGAAAAUCAGACGAAUCCGCGAACUCACCCUCGACGAGAUCGGCGUGCGCGCGUACAGCACCUCCAUCGCAUCGGUAGCAGCAUACCCGCAUCCCAUCCAGCGACCAAGCGAGAUCCUGGCUUUACCAGGGUGCAACGCGAAAAUUGCAGACUUGUUCGCCCAGUUCCAGCAACACGGUGGCUGCGGACAUACCGAUGACGACGGGAAUGUCGCUGCUGCCGAUGCGCUGGAGACAGAUCCCAUGCUCCGUGUUCUAAACGAUUUCUAUGGGAUUUGGGGUGUUGGAGCGAAGACGGCGCGCGAGUUCUACCUGCGUGGCUGGCGCGAGCUCGAUGAUAUUGUUGAGUAUGGGUGGGAUAGUCUCUCGCGGGUGCAGCAGAUCGGAGUGAAAUUCUACGAGGAGUUUCAGGAGGGUGUUCCCCGUGCCGAGAGCGAGGGUAUUGCGAAUGUGAUUCGGGAUCAUGCUCGUCGGGUUCGGUCCCAAGAUGGAAAGGGAGAUGGGAUUGAGUGUGUGAUUGUUGGCGGAUAUCGUCGUGGGAAGGAACUCAGUGGUGAUGUUGAUAUUGUCUUGAGUCAUCGUGAUGAUGCGGUGACUCGCAAUCUGGUUCUUGAUGUUGUUGCGAGUCUUGAGGCUGAACGGUAUGUCACCCAUACGCUCUCUUUGCAUUUGACUUCUUCGCUGCGCGAGCAGCAGACGUUACCUUUUCAUGGUGAUGAUACGAGGAAGUUUGAUACGCUUGAUAAGGCGCUGGUUGUCUGGCAAGAUCCACACUUCGAUGCUGCGACUGUUGGGGAUAAUGGCCGGGGGAAGAAUCCGAAUAUACAUCGUCGGGUCGAUAUCAUUAUAUCGCCUUGGCGUACGGUCGGUUGUGCGAUACUGGGCUGGUCCGGGGAUACGACUUUUCAGCGGGAUUUAAGGCGGUAUGCGAAGAAAGCUCGUUCAUUGAAAUUUGAUUCGAGUGGUGUGCGAGAUCGGAAUACUGGACGCCAGGUUGACUUGGAACAUGGUGGAGAUACCUGGGAGGAGAGGGAGAGACAUGUGAUGGAAGGACUGGGCAUAGGCUGGAGACCGCCAGAAGAACGGUGCUCGAGAUAG